GAAAAUUAUAAACAUCUGGAAUUUCCGGGGGUAUUGUGUUGUGGUUCUUUAUUAUCUCCACUCAUGAACAGACUCGGAACGACCAUUUAACUAAAACUCCUCGUUUUAAAGAAUAGUUAAAAUACAUAGAAUUACAUCGAAAACCCACUAAGACCAGCGGACAUGUGGGAAAGCACAGCGAACUACAUAAGUAGUUAAAUCGAGUAAAGUUAUCUCAUGAAAAACUUUUCUAAAAUAUAAGCUUUCUUAGAAAAAUUAGUUUAGCACUUGUAUCAUUCGGACGUGUAUCCUUACUUGCUUGGCAACCACGAAUUGUAUUUCUCAUUUUCAUACUUACGUUGUGAGUACGACACAAAUGCUAACGAAGAUUAGUGACUUAUUAGCUGAUAGUCAGUUCAGAGACCUUCCAUUGCGUAUAACUAAUUAGGUUUCCAGUGUUCUGUUCCAUUUUGCCUGCGAAGUAUUUUAGUUUGUCCAUUAAGUAUUGUCCGAACUACCUGUCCUGCAUUUUCUGAGUAGUACUUAUACUGUAUUUUCUUCUUCAUUGUGGUUUAUGUGUGCACGAAGUUAAUAAUAAGCAAAAUGGUGACUGAAGUCUAUGUAUUCUCUCUUGGAAGGCUAGUGUAUGUUUCGCUUUCCUGUAUCGAUAUUUUGAAGUGAUAUAAUCUGCUCAUCUGCUGUAUUGUUUGUUUUAGUUACAACUUUAAACAGUAGUGGAUAUCAUCACCUUUCGAAUUUUCGAUAUACCAUUCCUAAUACUCAGCACGCGUUACUUUCGGCUGAAAUUCAGUUGAAAAUUGCUCUUAUUGCUUUAUGUAUAUCUGCAUGACUAUGAGAAGCUUUUGUGGAGUUUGGUGUAUAAAUUGUUCUAGCAUUCAUCAUUGGCUAGAUGUUGAUUUACUGAACAUGUGUACUUAAUCCGUGCCUUUUUUGGAGACAUAGCGGUUUAUAAUUUGUAAGUUCUAGUAACUGAAAUCGUUUAACAUAAGGCUCAAACACCAAAAGCAGGUUUUCACGGGGCUGCGAAUAACAACCCAUAAGGUGCGGUUGUAAACGUCGGUUGUACAUACGAAGAUGAAGCUAAUGAGUAAGGUUAGUAACGGAAAUAGGAACUAGACGACACCACGUUUAACGCUACAAUUAGCAUUCAAAAUGAUUAAAGGUAUGCACACUGUUAUCAAUUCCUGGUGGCUCACUAGGCGACUAAUAGCUUUUUAUUUGUGGAAGUUAAACAUUUAGUUGGGUCAGUAUUUUUUGUUUCGUAGACCUGUAUUCAUUUGUGCAAAGCCUGAUAGACAACUGUUUGAGUCUGAUCCGUCAUGGCCUUUUUGUAUAUUGAGUUCACAUAUAUGUACAUUGUUUUUGAGUUACCAUGAUAAAUAUCACAAUAGGUACAGUUGGGUUGUUUUAAAUGAAGUGUAUUUCACAACGUUCGGAAAAUGACAUUACUGAUGGUGAUGUUUGUUUGUGAAAAACACCUAAUUUUUCACAAUAUAGUGCGAUUAGCAGCAAAACCUCGACCGUAGACUUGGAAUUUACUGCAUUCCAUCAGCACUCCCAAACUGACCGAACUCAAAUAGGAUAGCAAAUAAUAAGUGUUCCACUUCAUUUUCCAUAAUAUCUUCAUCAUGAUAAGCUAGUUUCCUGAUCAAACCGCUUUGGUAGUGUUGGUCACUAGAAAUAAUUUUAUCACUGAAAAGUGACAUGAUCUUGUAGCCUAGCCAUUUAUAAUUUAUGGUCAUUGGGUUUGAUUAAGCAUUGCACUAUCGUAAUUCUUAUUGCCAAGACAUUACUCUGUUAUUCUAAACUGUCUUGGUAAUAUAAGUAAACGAAAGAUAUUAGUAAAGCUAUGUAAAGUGGGUAAUCUUCCAUACGCUCUCUAUAGAUGUGAAUUUAUCUUGAUGUUUCUCUAUAGAUGAGUCUCUUAGAUGACUUUAGAGAAGAUUGUUUCAGAGCACAUAAUGAAAAAAGACUUCUUCAUGGUGUAUGUGCCUUACGACAUAGUCUCGCUUUAGAUAAAACAGCCCAGGAUUGGGCCGAAGCACUAUUGUUGGAAGAUGGGAUAAAAAAUAGUCCACUUUCCAGUCGAGGUGAAGUUGGUGAAAGUAUCAGUGUACGCACAAGCACAGGAACUCAUGUGGAUAUGCAAGGUCAUGAAGUCGUAAAUACGUGGCAUUCAGAUGCCGAAAAUUAUAAUUAUGAAAACGGUAAAGGACCUGCAGGUAACUUUACACAACUGGUAUGGAGUUCAACUCGUGAAGUUGGCUUCGGUAAAGCCUGUGGUCCUGGAAAAUGUGUCGUUGUAGCUCACUAUCGUCCUCCAGGAAAUGUACUAGGUCGUUACCUAGAGAAUGUUUUUCGUCCAAAAGAAUCAGUGGAGGGCGUUAAACAACCAAUACGUAACACGUUUGCUUUAAAUAAUGAUACUCCGAAGACAGUUAUUACUGAAACACUGACAGAAAGUGAUGGGAAACAGUACAAUGUUCGAAGAGAGAUCUCUGAAUUGACUGAUGAUAAAGGAAAGACAAGGCGAUGUGUCAACGAAGUGUAUACAGAUGCCUGUAAAGACCAGAAAAAAGCGGAAUCAAGUAUUUCACCAGACGGCCAUUUAGUUGAUAAUAGUAAGAAACUCCAAGAAUCCAUUCACUCAGUUGUUCAACUUCAUAAUCAGUAUCGUAGUCAACAUGGUUCCAAUCCUCUAGUACUUGAUCAAGAUCUUUCGAAUAUGGCACAACAAUGGGCUGAUCAUUUGCUUCAACAAUCUCAUUUGUCCAAUAGUGGAUAUGUAUAUCGUGGUAUGAAAGUCGGUGAAAAUUUGGGAAGUCGCUGGUCAAAUGGACCAAUGGAACAUAAUUGCAAAGACCUAAUUGAACAUUGGUAUCAAGAAUCGGAAAAAUAUAAGUUUAACUCCGAGCCGGAUAGUAUCCAGGGUAUAGGUAAUUUUACUCAAAUUGUAUGGUCAAGUUCUGAAAGGAUUGGAGUUGGUAUUGCAAGUCAAUCCUACAAAUCAGGAAAGGACUUGCAUAAAGAUUCGAAACUGAUUUUGGUUUGUUUGUAUCAUCCUCCAGGAAAUGUGACAAGUCAAUUUCAAAAUAAUGUUAAAAAAGCUGUCAAGUAAAAUACAGACGCAUAAUUUGAGCAGUUACUGAAACCUUUAAUCAAAUGAACAGAUAUAUCCCAUCGCAUGCUGCUGUUCUCCAAACAACCUUUCUGAAUUAAUAAUUUUAUUUUUAAUUAUCAUGUUUCUUCAAAAGUUAUUUUAUGCACCAUCUAGAUAAUUUUAAUAUUCUUAUUGUUUUGUUCAUUUUAAUCUUACGUUACUUGGAAUGUAUCAAUAUAUUUUAAAGUUGAUUUCGAUUACUCUAAACAUUGAAUACAGGACACAGUAGCUGAGUGGAUAACGCGAUGGCAUUUUAAGCGAACGCUACUGGGUUUGAGUCCAAGAGUGAACAUCAACUCAGAUGCAGGUACACCCAGCUGACGAGUCCAAAAUAGGAAGAGACGUGCGUCAUCCACUCCACUGCUAGUAAAACAUUGAAUAUAAUGUACUCGUAACACAAUAAUUUCUCUUUACAUCGAAAUUUCUAUAUGAUAAGAUUUUAAACUAUCGUUUUCAAUAUAUAAAAACAAUUCACUUGGAUUUACUAACUACCAAUUAUACUUCAUUGGAUUUCGAUUAAAAUAGCUUUAUUCGAAAGCUGUUACAGUCUAAAUAAUCCUUCCUUUUUCUAAAAAAUGAUACCAUUCGUAAAGUGAUUAUCAGAACUAUUUGAAAUACAGGGAAGAGCCAAGUAAUAUUUCGGGUAACGAUGAGCCUAUUUUCGUUAAUAUGAUUAUUUAUAAGUUAAAUAAAGCUAGUGAGCAUCAAAUUAUUACUUUUAUGUUCAUGGUGUUUUCAGUAACUACAAUAAAGACCUACAUAUUUGAAACAUCUCAAAAUAUAGUCAAAACAGAUCCGAAAAAAAUUGGUGGGCUGUCUAAACAGAUGAAAACUUAAGUUUAUGGAACGAACAAUACAAACUUGAUUCUGACUAAUUACUUGCUAGAGUUAUAGAAGUAUAAUGUACAUGUGAAAUAAAAUGCAGAUUUCUUCUAAUAUAUUUCUACCAAACGAAACAACCAAAAAAAUGUCAUAUGGAGGUAAAUCUAGCUUCAUACCAAGCUGCAUUUGCACAAUAUCUCUCUAGGUCAAACUAAUGAGGAAGGUAAUAUAAUAAGUUUUUUGUAUGUGAACCCAAAAGUUUGGUGGUAUAUCAUCUGUGAGGAGUUUUACGAAUUAUAAGUAGUUGCUAAUAUUGGUUCCUCUUGGCCUUAUUUGUUUGCAUUUUAGAAGAGUCAAGUGCCAUCGUGUUUUGUAAUAAUUGCUAUUUGUUGUUUUAAAAGAUCGAACCGAGGAUCUACAAGUUUCGCACAUU